GCUCGUAAUUCCAAAAUGGUGUGCAGCCCAGUGACAGUGAGGAUUGCUCCUCCGGAUAGUAAAUUGGCUCGUUCGCCAAUACCAGAGCAGAUAAUCAACUCCACACUGUCCUCACCAUCAAAUAAUGCCCCAGACCCAUGUGCAAAGGAAACUGUACUGAGUGCCCUCAAGGAGAGAAAGAAAAGGACGGUGGAGGAAGAAGACCAAAUAUUUUUUGAUAGCCAGGAAAAUAAAAGAAGGCGCCAUGAUAGCAGUGGGAGUGGACAUUCAGCAUUUGAGCCCCUGGUGGCUAAUGGAGUUCCUGCUGCUUUUGUGCCUAAGCCUGGCUCUCUGAAAAGAGGUCUCAAUUCCCAGAGCUCAGAUGACCACUUGAAUAAGAGAUCCCGCACCUCUUCCAUGAGCUCCUUGACAAGCACGUACACAGGUGGCAUCCCUAGCUCCAGCCGCAAUGCCAUUACCAGUUCUUACAGUUCUUCUCGAGGUUUCUCUCAGCUUUGGAAGAGAAGCGGGCCCAGCUUGUCACCGUUCUCCAGCCCAGCCUCAUCCCGCUCGCAGACACCAGAGAGGCCAGCAAAGAAAAUAAGAGAGGACGAGCUUUCUCACCGCUCCAGUUCUUCAACUCCUUUGGCAACAGACAAGGAGGCCCAGGGAGAAAAGGCUGCAGAUACAACCACAUGGAAGGCGCAGAACUCGUGGAGCUCCCCUCCCACACCUGGCAGCUCUGGGCAGCGGAAGCGAAAGAUUCAGCUGCUACCCUCCCGGCGAGGGGCUCGGCUGACCCUGCCCCCACCUCCCCAGCUUGGCUACUCCAUCACUGCCGAAGAUCUAGAUUUGGAAAAAAGAGCUUCGCUGCGGUGGUUUAACAAGGCCUUGGAGGAUGGGACUGAUACGGCUUCUAACUCUGGCACCGAGAAGCCCCCUACUACUCAACCUUCUUUGACGUUUACCCUGCCAACUACUGGGACCGCCGCCUCCCCAGCCGCCCUCCCAGCCCCAAGCCCCAACCCGCUGCUGGAGAGCUUGAAGAAGAAGCAGAGUUCUGCAGGCCCACCCCCUUCCUCGGAAUCUGCUGGAGUGGCAACCACUGGGGCCCACACACCUCCGAAGACACCCAGCCUUCCGGCCCCUCUUGGGUCUUCACAGUCGGGACCCCUUCCGGGCACCUCCUCUGACUCCAAAUCUACAGCCGCUUUCUUAGGGCUGACCCCUGCUGCUUCCCCGAUCCCAGCCACUGACCCCACCAAGUCCCCUCCAGCUCCUCAGGCUGAGACAUCGGCCCCGUCUCCCACCCCGAAGCAAAGUCUUCUUUUGGGAAUGCUGAGCACCCCACCUGCCGACCCCCCUACCUCCACAGCCCCCGCCGUGUCCUCGGCAUCUCCCAUGUUCAAGCCCAUCUUUCUGGCCCCCCCAAAAAGCGAGAAUGAGGGCCCUUUGCCAUCCAGCCCAUCCAAGGUCACCACCGCGACCCCUUCCGGCUCUGCCCUCCCUGCGCCUGCCAGCAGCCCCAAGCUCACUUUCGAGCCGAUCUUCGGCAGCAUCGGGCCCCCUACGUCUGUGCCCUCGUCAGUCCCCUUCUUCAGUCAGACGGCCGUUCCAGCCACUGCCACGAGCACCCCUCUUUUCACCGGCCAGGCCGGUGCCACCUCAGCCGUGGCUCCCACGAGUACAGCCAGCACGUCCACAGACUCUGUUUCGAAGCCCACGUUCAGCUUUGGUGUGAGCAGCGUGACCAGCACCACCACUUCCGCUGCCCAGCCUUUCCUCUUCGGGGCUCCCCCUGCCUCCGGUGCCAGCUUCACCCCGGCCGUGGGCUCCAUAUUCCAGUUCGGCAAGCCUCCUGCCGCGCCCGCCUCGACGACGGUCACGACCUUUGUCCAGUCCCUCCCCGGGGCCGCGCCAACGACCGCCAGCGGCAGCAGCACCACCGGCUUCGGCGGUUUCGGCGGCGGCCUCGGCACCCCCGCCCCGGUCACCAGCAGCCAGCCGGCGCCGGCCUUCACUAGCGCCGCCACCCCGGCGUUCCACAUUCCCUUCGGCUCGAGCACCAAGCCCCCCCUCUCUUCAUACCCGGGAGCCAACCCCCAUUUCACGUUUGGGGGCUCGGCCGGCCCGGCCGGCGGCGGGGGCUUCGGGAUCAACGCGGCCACCCCCGGCACCAGCUCUGCUUCUGGAGCGUUCAGCUUCGGCACAGGACAGAGCGGGACCGCUGGCGGCACGACGCCUUUCGGAGGAGGCUUGAGUCAGAGCACGUUGGGCGCACCCAGCCAGAGCACACCCUUUGCCUUCAGUGUGGCGAGCGCGCCCGAGAGCAAGCCUGUGUUCGGAGGUAAGAUGAGGAACGGACUCGGGUGCUGCUCUGAGUGCUGGUCCCGGCCGCCCUCGGAGCUUUAUGGUGUGGCGGUGACUGACCUUAGAUACAGGGUCAGGGAGCUGUGCGUCCUGGGGGAAGACGGUCUGGUGGUCGAGGAGGUGGGCCUUUCUGAGGCAGUUUGA